CUACGUGCUUUUAUUACCCGGCGCGACUUCAACCUUUCAGAACAGUUUGUAGUCGCGUGUGAAAACGUCAUUAUACGUUCGGAGAGGAAGAUUUGUGCUUGGUGUGUGAUACCGAUUUUUUUUUGUAAAAAUAGGCAAAAAAAUUGCAUUUUAAAUACGUCGAUUUGGACGUCGAGGAACCUGGUUCAUCCUCUCUACGUUAUUGCCUAGGGUCCGCGAUCGAAACAAAAUGGAGGAGAUCGGUAUGAGAUAAUUGGUUCGUGCUUGCGAUUCUUGCAAUGGAAAAAAAGUAAGUCUACGAGAUGACUGUGUCGUGAGAGGGAGUAGUAGUCGAGCGUCGUUUCGUGACCGGUUGCAUUGAACAAGUAUUUCCGGGUGGAAGUACCAAUCCGUAAAAUUGGAUAUCCGACCUCUUGUUCUUCUGGAUGAUUUAAUAUCGGACUGUAAACUUUUUUAUGGUGGAUUUAAUAAUACAGAAAGAUCGGUAUCUGUAUUAUGCCGUGUAAAAUUGUGUCUCAGGUGCAGAUCGGUAUCGAGGAGUGUACGUACUGUUGCAAUUUAAUAAACGUAGACGAAAGAGUAUUCGGAUCGUGUCGAGGAAGCAGUAUCGGCUUUUCUUCAUGGUAAUUGAAGAGCUCGUUAUCCAGAAACGGCGAGAGGAGGCAGAAUCGGUUGAGGGAAAGAGUCAAGGGCCUCGUGGAAACGAAGUGUUUGCAUUAAAACCUCGAGGCAAGGUGCAGGCUAACCAUCCAGCGAAGGAAGGUUCGGCCUGAGAGUCGACCGGUACAAGACCGGUCGGCCCCGACCAUAUAUUCACGUGUGGGACUCGUGUGUGUUACAUAAUCUCUGACCAUACCCUGAAGCAGUACACCUUAUAAGAAACAAUAUCAAUAUCGAAGACUCAAAAGAAUUGGUGAUCGGAUUGACAUUUUAACGUGAUUCAGUGUCAGUUUGUAAUUUAUGAUUUUUCAAGUCAUCAUGGGUAACAUUGAAGAUUAAAAUUGGACUAGGGUAAAAUUAUGAAAAACUCUGAAUUUUCAUGCGUCUAAAAGAACUAUGGGAGUAUCACGAGACGGUUGUGAGUAUCGUCGAAGAAGAUUUUAGUGGAUUAUGAAAGUAUGGGUAAAAAUCGUUACCGAUUUUUUUGAAAAUUCAUUCAAAAUAAGGUAUCUUGCCGCAAUUCGAAAUGGAGGACACGCUGCAAAGUGGUCUUCGGCAAGAUCAGUGGUUCUCAUCUCGUACCACGUCCGAGAAGCUCCUGGAGAAGCGUUCCAACAGCCUAGGAAGCGGCGCCCUCCACUUCAUCCGAACCCGAAGCAGCAUCCGGCGUGAACUGAAGCGUCACUGUAAUCAGAGUAAAUCAUCGGAGAGUACCUCGAGCAACAACGAGGGUGGCAAUGGCGGAGGCGGCGUGGGCGGUUUGGGAAAAUGGUUACGAGAGCAUCUGGGAGGUGGUUCCAGGGGUAGUCACGACGUGAGCGUGCCCCUUCCGGCGAAGAGAACCGGAAGUGCCGACAAGAGCCUGACCAGGGUGACGUACGCCUCUCAGAAUCUUUACUGUAGCCUACCGAGGGAACAUGGAAGGCACUGUCAUAACGUACGCAAGCACGUUCAGCCUGGUCUUCACAGUCGUCCCAGAUCGAACAGUGCGAAUUUUCAUGAUAAAUCGCACAGCGGCUCACCGCGUGCUCCUUUUAUCGGUACAAUUACCAGAGGUGGACCCAUCUACGGCAGCGAAGGCAAAACCAUAAAGAGACGUAAUCGCGAUCGCAGAAGACACUCAUUGAACGAGACACAGGACGGCAGUCAGAAUCAUCGACAAAGGUGCAUCCCGGAUGGCGGGGACGUCGGUUACACGAUGACGGAACUGCAGCCGUCACCGCCAGGAUAUCGCGGUCAGGAUGAGGCUCCCGGGCCCCCUUCCUGUUCUUCGGCCUCCUUCAAAUACAGCACACACGCCGGACAUCCUGAAUCUGGCUCGUACAAGGGCACGGCCUACCUUCGUGAUCAUUACGGCAAGGACUCUUAUGGGAAGCCUUCCUCAAGGUCGCCCUCGGAUUAUUACCACGAUACGAAUGACAUCGGCAGACGCGACGUUGAACUCAACGGGAAGAAAGUGUCUGGAUACAUGGACGGAUAUAAGAAGAAUGCGCCUGGAUAUAAGAAUGACAGCGGGUACAGCGAGAGUCUUGGCUUUGAUAGCUUCAGUCUUCCUCUUAAUGAGAGGGACGAGUCGUCCCCCCCGCCAACCCCACCAGUCAGGGAUGCAUCCAGUCUCAAAGGCGUUUGCUACGGCCCUGGACACGAGAAGUAUCCUUCCUGGCCAAGCGCUCCCGAAAGACAUCCCGACGAGGAGCUCCACUCUUCCUCUGGACACAGCGGAUCUCACAGAUCGAAGUCCUGGACCGACCAUACAAAUUAUCCUAAAGAGAAACCGGCCCAGUACACCAGACCCCACAUGAAACGACCCAAUCCGGCGUUCACGCAGCAGCUGAAGACGGUAAUGGAGCGCUGUGAGAAAAUACCUGCCGAGACUUUUGAGUCUCGUGGCAGGAACAACGUGGACGAGGAACCGAGACUCUGGCCUCGUGUUGAUCGCGAGGGCAAACCUCUGGGGGACGCUGAAUACGUGGUGCCAUCGCCACCGGAAAGGGAGCAGCAAACGACUCAGACUUUGAGCCAUGCCGAUCUGGAAGCUUAUGUUAGGAGUUAUCAGGAUCCUCAGGUAUCCCAGGUGGACCUGUACCAGGAAACUACGCUGACUCAAGCAGGCCUGGAGGAGUAUACCAGAGUCCAGCACUCUCAACAAGCCAGCUAUGCUCAAUCCGAAGGCUACCAUAGUUAUGUAUCCAGUGUAGACUCUACCACGAACACACCUUUCCUGGACAGACUGAGAAGAGACAGCGAGGCUGUAGCUCAGAGACCCACCUCCACCUGGGAUGACUCCAGGGAAGGACGGGACAGCGUGGUAACUACGUCAAGUGGCAGUGCUUCCAGCAGCGAGACUUUGAAGUGGCACGGUUCCAUGUCGGACGUGAGUGUCUCCAGUGGACUUCCGGCGCGACAGAGCGCUCCUGAAAAAUGGCAUCAUGGCUCCAUGUCGGACGUCAGUAUGAACGGUUUGGCGGGGAAGCAGAAUAAUGUCCAUGAGAAGUGGCAGGGAUCGAUGAGCGACGUAAGCAGUUCUGGCAUGUCGCCCUUGAAGAGUCGUCACGCGACGGAGAAGUGGCAAGACAAGUGGCAGAAUUCGAUGAACGAAAGGAACAAACGCGGAAGGUCGAGUCUACCUCCUGUCAUUGCUAAUUGCAAUUCUGCUGGUGAUAUCUGUCAGGGUCACGAGGGCAAAUGGCAAGAGUCGAGCAUCGAUGAAGAGGCUCAUGAGAGAAUGGGGAAUUCGAAAAAUCAGUGGGAGUCGUCAGGGAGGAGUGACCAGGAGAAGUAUAGCUCGUUACCUCAGCCAAUGCCUCAGAGUCCUACUCAGAGCGGGCUGGCUGGACCCCAGAGCCCUGAGAAUUGGACGGGUCAUCAUGGCUCAAUGUCUGACGUCAGUGCCAAUGGGGUUCAGGGCAGUAAACAACUGAUUGCGCAUAGUGCAAGGGUGCAAACUCCGCAACGGCAUCAUUCUGAAAGUGUAUUGUACCUGGAUCGUGAGCGUAAUCAGAGGAAAUUGUAUCCUGUCAGUACUACUCAGCCGCAAGACAUAGCACAGCCAAGAAUGGCUCCUACUUCACCCCAACAGCCUCAACUAUCGGUGGCGGAGAGGAUCAACGAAUUGGAGAAGCAGCAGCAACAGCAGCAGAUGAGGUACACGUAUUUGGAUCCUGAAAAACGUCAUAGGGUAUCCGAUCCCACGCUUAAGGCGAUUCAAAAGAAAGCUCUACUAUCGUUUUAUGAAAGACAUCAUCAAGCAUCGUGGAGAUCAGAACCACAACUAGCUCAGGGAGCUACCCCAACACCUCAGAGUCCGCCUCCUCAACCACCUCCACGACCUAGACCACCUUCUUCAAGGAGAGCUAGCUCAGCCUCGGAUUAUGCAAGCGGAACGUGGCGUGAGAAGACUGGCAGGGGUCAAAGUACUUCAGACAUGCCAAGUCCGAAGCAUCAGCACAGCAGUAGUUGUGGCAGUCUCUCGACAGAUUUAUUGGGACCAGUGAUAGUGGGUCCAGCCAUAUCAAUCGAUGAUUGGGUCCCGGAAAGACCCCCGAAGAAACCUCACUUAAGAAACGUAUUCAACGAUCGUGUCCCUAGCCCGGACUUGCCACCACCAUCGCCACCCACGGUAACUGAGAACGAAGUUCUCAACUGCGAUGAUCCUCUGCCACCACCACCACCCGAGUUAAGUGAUAAUCCGUCCGAGACCAAGGAACCUGCUCCUUCGGAAGAUAAGAAACGAGAUCAUCCUGAGAGACAUAAAGCCCAGCCUGAACGACAGUCUGUCCGAAGGUCAAAACAUGGGAAACGGGACCACGAAAAAACAAAAUCAUCACCAGUCACGACGCCGACGAAGAGCCAGCAGUUCGUCAGAGGGUCAAGUGUAAAACACGUAGACUCCGAGAUGGUCCUGGAAAACGGCGUAACCGCGGGAUACGCCACUCACAGAAUGGUAGCGACAGGAAGAUCAAGUCUGAGAUAUCCUUCCACGCAAAAGCUGAUGGUAAAUGGCAGAGUGGCACCAGUCAGAAGAAUAUCAGAAGAGCGACUGUUCCCGACAAGACCACCGGCACAGUUGCCAGAUCUGAUCUCGCAACGUUACAGCGACUCUGGUAACCAGAGGCCGUCGCCCCAGGUACCCGUAGAGCCGAGAAUCAUUCGACAGGAAUCGAUGAGGGUUGAGAGCACAAGGAUCGACGCCUCGGGCCUCCUCAGGAAUGACAGUCAGCGACUAGAAUCAUCAUCUGGUCAACGGCCGCAGCCCCAGGUGCCUAAGGGCGGAGAGAAAGGUCCGCAACCAACCCGGCCCAAUUACUUAGCCAUUCCCGAGAACACGAAGAUAUCCAAAUACCCUGAAAACGCUCAUAACUUCACAAUCGGUAGCCCCAUUAAGACGAGCUACGAAGCCAGCUCGAAGCUCUUCGCCGAGGGCAGUCCCCAGAAGUAUCACGAACCACCGAAAUACGUGCCUAAUCUCCAAAGACAUUCGGAAACGCCAUCAAGGAAUUACUAUGCUCUACCGCCAAAGUACGUCGACGCUCCUAAACAGAAACCACAGCCUCAGUCACCGUCGGACAGAUACGGAGGUGGUUCACCAACUUCACCACCGCCGCCCCUAGCACCUAGACAAAACACACCAGGACGGAAGUCCUUGCCGCCUCCACCGCGACCCGCGCCGCCUCUCGGCCAGCAAGGGAGCCAGUCCAAGGCUUCCUAUUUGGCGUACAGGAGGGAGCGCGGGGCGCCUGACAGCGAAGGAAGCUACAAGCGCACCAUGUCUCCUACCGCCAGACUGGACGACUGGCCGCCACCUCGCGACAGGGACGAUCCUGUGCUGCUUAGGGUGACCCCUCAUCAUCCUCAUCCACUCCAUCAUCCGGAACUGCCGAAAUCGCACAGUGUGGAUGCACUUCAUCACAGGCUGGAGGAGAGGACCGCUCAUUCCGUCGAAGUGAUCAGCAAGCUGUCCCAUGAUCUCAACAAGAAGCUGCAGGCUAGCGAAGUGCGCAGGGGCGAGAAUAACAAUCUCGAGGAGCGACGGGACUCUGGACCAGGGGACGUCGAGAGGAAGGAGAGACUGUCGCUUCAGAGCGUCGAGGUCCUGAACGACCGGAACAGACAGUUGGAAAGGGAACGAAGAAAAUUGGCUGCCAGCUGCGAGCCCUCUGCCGGACAGAAGAGACUCUUGGAAAGGGAGAGUCUUCUUGCCGGCGAGGAUUUCUAUAGAGAGAGGACCUCGACUAUUGAGAUGACCUCGCAGAACGUGGAGAUGUUGAACAGACGCAACGUCACUCAGGUGGAGAGAAGAGUUCAGGAGGUAAGGGUCGAGAAUGGCAGAUUGCAGGGUGAAAUUAACGUGGACACCAGGCCACCACCCGUUAUCGAGAAGCCUCCGCCACCUACGACCUCACCGCCGAGAACACCUGAACCAGAGAGACGAGAGAGUCCUGUCACGAAGACCGGAGCCGUUCCACGUAGAUCCGGCAGCUGUUCGAGCUCUUCGUCGGGAAGAUCAACGGAGCUUAGAACUUCUCCUAGCACUCUACCGACAAGGUCGUCCCCGAGGUCAUCUCCGCUGAACUCACCAACGAGAACUGACCCCAGACUUCCCGAAGGAAGUAAUCCCAUCGAGCUUAUAAGUAUCUCCUCCAGGAGGAAGGUCUCCGGUCUGACUCAGACUGACACCAGCUCCCUGGAUAGGAUGAGUUCAUCAGGAAGCUCCUCACCUACGUAUACUAAAUCAAGUCAAACCUCAGAAAGUGAAAUCUCCACCAAGAAAUUUGAGGCUACGUUCUCCAGAACGAGCAGGACUUCCAUCUCCCCAGUCUCCACGAUCUCAAAGUCUUCAUCAUCCCCAAGAACGACCCCCGUAGAUCCUAUCCUGAUAGAAGACAAGUCGACGACCACGUCGCCCUGCGUCUCGCCGCAACCUGGAAUCGAGGGUCUCACCCUGGUUCAAAGAACGGAGGUCGUGCUGCGUGUAAACGCAGCCACGAGCGACGCGGCGUCCCAGACCGAGGUACUGUCCGAGGAGAACGCUCUUAAGAAGAAAACCACACCAGAUCCAACACCAGAACCAAGAAAGAAGCUUCCAGAAGAAAUCGAAUGUGAGGAGCUCAGCCGGGAUCUUGCCAGUCAGUUAAAUCCCAAUGACAAACUCGUGUCGAUUCUCGUUCCGGUACCGGAGCACAGGAGACCUACGGACUACGUUUCCGGUUUGUUCAGGGUGGAAGCGACGAUACAGCCACGACCGACAACACGUCUGUCCUUGGACGAUUCGUCGAUCUCGAUCACGGAAAGUUCAAUGGAAGAGGAGAAAAAGAUCGAAACAGCCUCCAUACCCUCGACGCCUACGACGCCCUCCGUCGCCGAUCCUGGUAGUCCUCUGUCGCCGACAUCGGCGUACUUCACCACCUCCGAGGGCAAGGCGCGUUUUCUCACGAGAUAUUCGCGCGACGUGUCCGAGGAGCCUGUGGCCAAUGGUACCGAUGAGACUGGCGUCGCGACGCCCGUCCUGGUUACGGAUAGCUUGGAUCUCAAGCAGAAGAAGGAGGAGCUGAUGGUUAGGCUGGACAAGAAGCUGGUGGUCCUUAGGGCGGAACAGGAAGCCGUCAGGGAGGAGGGCGACGUCAAUGAGGCGCUGGGCGCCCGAGUCGCCACUCGCGUCACCGCCGUUGCGCGUCCGGCCGAAGCUUCCAAGUACAGGCUGCACGUUGAGGAAAUCGGCAAGAUCACUAGUCUUCUUUUGGGUCUCAGCGGAAGACUCGCUCGGGCUGAGAAUGCUCUCUAUGGGAUGCCAGCUGAUCAUGCUGAGAGGAAAAUUCUGGAAAGCAAACGCGACAAGCUGAUCGAUCAGCUGGAGGAGGCGAAGAUCCUAAAGAGCAACAUCGACAAACGUAGCGUGAACGUCUCGGCAAUCCUGGCGAAAUACCUGAACGACGAGGAGUUCGCGGACUAUCAACACUUUAUCAACAUGAAGGCGAAGCUGAUAAUGGACGGUCGUGAAAUUCAGGACAAGGUGAAGCUCGGCGAGGAGCAGUUGGCAGCUCUGAAAGAAGCGAUCGACUAGUCUGUAAAGAUAUAUUUAAAAAAAGAACUGCUAGAACGCGAACUCCAAAAGUAUUAAUAAUCAAGAGGAACGUCGCUCGAUCUCUUGGUCGUAUCUGUUUUACGGUGCAUUUAAAGAUCUAAAUCCAUAAGUGAACGAGAUGAACCUUAAUGAAGAGGAGCAUACAGAUUAUUCAAAGAAAUUACCAAGAGCGUCGUCAUCUGGGCGAACCGCGUGCACGAACUUUAAUUACUCGAUUUUAAUGGUAACUGCCGUGGUACUCGGUGUCGUUCAGAUAUACACGAAUUGUACCUACGUUUUAUUAGCAUAUAAGACAGUCAAGUUUCGCAUUUAUCGUUAAUGGAAGAUGCUGUAAUCUUGUCCUGUGAUUCCCAGAAGAAAAUUUGAGUGACUAGUCCUUUGGGGUUGCGUCGUCCUUAGUACAGCUAUAGCCCGGUGAGCCAUUGGAUUUGAUUAUGCACAUUCCGAAUUGCGAUGUUUAUCUGUCACAUUCGAAUUACUCGUACGAGGCCAUGACCUUACGUCAGAUUUAGUCGACGUGUGUUGUACCGAUGGAUCUUUGUCAGGAGUAGUACAUGAUUUUUAAUGAGAUGAAAAUCCGAAGAGGCAGCACCCUUUCGCAAGAGAUUUGAACACGUCACCGGACGGUAGAUCUCGCCGAUGUAAAUAAAUGAUGAAUAAGAGGAUGCAAAUAUAUAUACCUAUAUAUAUAUAUAUUUUAUAUACGCGUGAGAAGUAUAAUGAAAGAUUGCAAAAUUUCAGCGAAAUUUGUAUUAUUUUAUAUUAUUGUUGCGAUCCAGUGAAGUUUUUCUUAUUUGUUCACUCGUAUAUAUACAUAUAUUUGUCGAAGAUCAUUUUGUCACGCGCAAUUUGGAUAUCGAUAAAAAAAUAGAUCAAAGUAUGGCGAAUGACUACGAUUCAUCCAGGUGUACGCCGAUCAUUUCGUAAUUUUCGUCUAGUACGUAGAGUAAAAUUUAUUUAUUAUUCACUGGGUAAAAGAGUGGACCUAAGAUAACGUGUGCUUAAUGAAAAGUUGAUUGAAAAUGGUACGAUUUAUAAAUGUCUUCUUUAAAGAAUCAAAGAAAAUCAAAAUUCUAAUAUAUUACACACGCGAGUACAUAUGUAUUACACACGCGCACUCAUUAUCUUUCUAAUUAUGUGUACUUGUUAUAUAUACAUUUUGCUUCGGAUAUCUUUUGUAAAACUGUGUUUAUGGUGUUAAAAGGACGUGAGUCCCGAGGGUUAAGAUUUGGGCCAAGUCUCUUGACGCACUGCGUUAUUGCGCGUGUGACUUCCGGUGCAAUAAUUAUCUCUGUACAGGACGAAAUUCAGGAUGGAUCCUCGAUAACGAAGUGACAGGAUCAACCUGGAUUAUUCGGAAAACUCUUUAUAAUUAUUGUCCCUUUUCUCAAAAUUUUGCCAGUAGUCCUUUGUGGUCUAUUUAGUGUCCAUAUUUCAAUUUUUUUUUUUUU